AUGGACCUAUCCACGAAGCUUCUUGCGUCUUCCUAUUCUCCUGUCUCCCGAAGACCAACUACAGGGAGAGUAGACUCGAUCGUUACAAAGUAUCCAACAAAAAUUGGGAGCUCGACACACUGGACUUCCCAUACACCACGCCCUACUGGAGGCUCAACGAAACCUUCAAAAGCUCAGCAAGCUCUAACAAGCAGUGAUGAUGUACGAAGUGCAACUUAUGCGAAGACUGCAGCAUUCCUUACACGCUCCAGAACGAGCUCUGUUCAUGGAUUAAAAGAGGCAACACAUCAGCAGCAGACCACUACCAGGAAACACCAGACUACCACUGAAACUAGAAGGAAAUCCGCAAGACCUGCUAUCUCAAUCAUGGAAAGCAACAAAACAACUCAAGCUGCGCAAUCUGCUACAGGUUAUAAGUUGCGAAGUAAAAUCGAUGAAACGACGCUACAUUUGUUCUCAUACAGUGGUCACUCCACCAUAAAUUCCUUCACGACGAUCAGCGAAAUUUCACCUGCAACUGGGAAAAAUACUCCAGCCUCUGGCACUACAAAGAACUCCAUACGGUACAAUCCCAUAUCAAUCAAGGAAAACAGCAAAAUAGCACAAGCCGUCACAGACUCUCAGGCUAACACCCUGUUCACGCGCGCAGAAGCGUCGAAGAACUCAUCAAAUUACGGAGUUACAACGGGUGCAAAACCGACUACGCGAAGCUCAAGUGGCGAAACUUCGCUUAGAUCAACGAGCAGUGGUGCGAUAAAAACAGUAGAAGGCACAAUUACCGCCGAAACAUCCAAAGAGUCAAAGCACGAUCAGCAAACUACAGCAAACAUGAAUACUCCCUGGACAACCAAAGCGAUCGGAGCGUGCACAGAAUGUGACAUUCUUGGGACAGAAAAUGCAAAAAAGAAGCGAAUGAAUUUGUCUGUCUUUGCCACGAAGGCUGGA